AUGGAAGACAUACAAAAUUGGUAUGAAAUAGAAGAUUUUCAAAAUCCUGAUAGUGUGCCAAUAUUUGAAGCAUUGAGUUCAGAUCAGUCAAGAAUAGAAGUUGUAAGAACAAUGAUGAUAGAUAAAGGCUCAGAUCCCCUUCCAGCUGACUAUAAACAAGUAAUGUUAACUAUCAAGUUUUCAAAUGAAGAAAUGUUUAAUGUAAUCUGCCUUAUAUUUUUUCUGUUGCCACUUCCUGUCGUGGUUGGCAAAAAAGCAAUGUGUUCUCUUUUGCAUCCAAGUUUUUUAAAACAUUCAUAUCAGGAAGGUGACUUGAUUAUUGGAGGUGUAACUGCUGUGCAGAUAUCAACUAUAAAUAUGUUUGAAACAUACACACGAGAACCCUUAAUCAGUGAUCAGUGUCUCAUGCUGGAUCUGAAAAAAUACCAGAAUUACAUGGCCUUUACAUUUGCUGUAAAUGAGAUCAACAGAAAUCCAGAAAUUUUGCCUAAUGUGACACUUGGCUUCUACUUAUUGGACACGUGCGUGAAUGAGCGGAGGUCACUUUCUGGCAUUUUUCAACUUCUUUCUGGGAAGGAGGUACAAAUACCCAACUAUUACUGUGGUAACUUACCUAAGAUGAUGGCAUUUAUUGAUGGCACAUCUACCACAGCUUCUCUCAUGCUAGCCAGGAUAUUUGGAAUGUACAAGGUUCCACAGCUCCAUCAGUAUUUGAAGACUGUCAAUAUAACAAGCAAUACAGGGGAAAAUAUAUAUUUUGAUAAGAAUGGAGACAUGGCUUCAGGAUUUGAUAUACUGAACUGGAUUGUCUACCCCAAUGAAACUCUCAAUUCAAUCAAAGUUGGAAGUUUUUAUCAACACGCAUCAGCUCAAGAGUUAACAAUAAAUGAAAGUCUGAUAAGAUGGAGUGAUCAUUUUAAUCAGACUCCAUAUUCAAACUGUAGUGAAAGUUGUCUUCCUGGAAAAAGAAAGUCACCAAGAGAGGGACAGCCUUCAUGUUGCUAUGACUGUAUCCCUUGCCCCGUGGGUGAAAUUUCAAACCAAACAAAUGUGGAACAAUGUUCAAAAUGCCCGGAAGACAAAAUGCCUAAUGAAAGAAGAGACUUUUGUAUCUAUAAAGAAAUAACUUUCUUGUCCUAUGAAGAACCACUUGGAGCUUCUCUGGCAGCUGCUUCAGGUGUCUUCUUUAUUCUAACUUUUUUAGUUACAAUAACUUUCAUAAAAUACAGAGAUACUCCAAUUGUGAAAGCCAACAACCGUGAUCUUAGUUAUAUACUCCUCAUAGCUCUCAAGAUUUGCUUUCUGUGUAACCUAAUUUUCAUUGGCAAGCCCCUACAAGCUACAUGUCUUCUUAGACAAACUGUUUUUGGUGUAAUUUUCUCUGUGUCCAUCUCUUCAGUUUUGGCUAAAACAUUGACAGUCAUCAUAGCCUUCAACGCCACCAGACCAGGAAGCAAGUUACAAAACUGGCUUGGGUCGAAAAUAUCUAACUCAGUAGUAAUAUCCUGCUCAAUGAUUCAAGUUGUCAUAUGUGCUAUUUGGUUGGGAACCUCCCCUCCAUUUCCAUACUAUAAUAUGGAAGAUGAAAUUGGGAAAAUAAUAAUAGCUUGUAACGAAGGCUCAGUAAUUGGAUUGUAUUGUGUUAUUGGCUACAUGGGCUUUCUUGCGUUUAUCAGCUUUAUUAUUGCUUUCUUUGCUAGGAACUUGCCAGAUAUUUUCAAUGAAGCCAAAUAUAUCACUUUCAGCAUGUUAUUGUUCUGCAGUGUUUGGAUAUCAUUUAUUCCAGCUUAUUUGAGCACAAAAGGAAAGUUUGUUGUAGCAGUAGAAAUAUUUGCCAUCUUAGCUUCUAGUUCUGGACUAUUAGGUUGUAUAUUUAUUCCAAAAUGUUACAUUAUACUACUAAGAUCUGAAUGGAACACUAAAGAAUUAAUAACAAAGAGAUAG